AUGUUUAUCCUAACAAAGAUCUCGGAUCUGGUGCAGAUUGCCCCCGAGGACUUCUCCAAGCACAGCAUCGUCGCCAUCGAGGACAACAUCAACGCCAAGUAUUCCAAUAAGGUCAUUCAGAAAAUCGGGCUUUGCAUAUGCCUCUAUGACCUGUUGUGGUCGUCCGAGGGUCUCAUAGGCCAUGGAACAGGCCUCGUCAACGUCAAUGCCGAAUUCCGCAUGGUAGUCUUUCGUCCCUUCAAAGGCGAGGUGAUGCUGGGAAGGAUACGAAGCUCUACGCCUGCGGGCAUCAACCUGAGGACAGACUUUUUCGACGACAUUUUUGUCCCGUAUGAGGAGCUGCCCGAGGGAGCCGAGUAUAACCACAGCGAGCAACUUUGGAUCUGGAACUUGGACGACCAACGGCUGUUCUACGAUAUCCACGAGAUGGUCCGCUUCCAAGUCAUCGAGGAAGAAUGGCAUGACCAGACACCGGCAGGUCCAUUGCAGGCAGAGGAUGCGCCGGCCAAAACGCCGUACCGGAUCAAGGGCAGCAUGGCCAACGAAGGGCUUGGCGUGUGUCUCUGGUGGGAUGGCGCAUAA